UUUCCCUGUCGACUCUUCCGCGGCCCCUGCAAGCGGGGUUGUGAGGGGGAAGCCUGCCCGGCAUGGCGGGGUCUCAGCCGACCGCCCCUCUACCCCUCAGCCGCCUGCCGGAGCCGCUGCUGAGGAGACUCAGCGACCUGUUGGAUCGGGCAGCGCUGGGCAGAGGCUGGAGGGACUUGGCGCAGCUGGCCGCCAGUCACGGCAGGCUCAAGCUGAGUCCUCAGGAAUUGGAACAGUGUUCUCUCCAAGUACUGGAGCCGGACGGAAGUCCCAGCAGGAGUCUCCUUCAACUGUUGGGCGAAAAAGGCUGUACUGUGUUGGAAAUCAGAGAACUGCUACAGGCCCUAGAACACAGCGAGGCUCUUCAAUGUCUCGGCCCUUCAAGUAUAAAAAUAGCUGUAGAACCAGAAUCUCAGGCAGUGCUUUCUGGGAAGGUGGUGAGGCUGAACUGUCUGGCAACUGGUUAUCCACUUCUACAUUAUCAGUGGUUCAAGCAAGAAAAAGAGAUUCCACAUGGGAAUGCUCCAGAACUGGUGUUCAACCAAGUCAGUGCCGAUGAUGCUGGGUUCUACAUAUGUCGAGUGAACAGUGGCCUUUCCUUUGUGUUCAGCCAAUGGGCGCAGCUGGUUGUUUGUGAUCUCCAAGGAGCUGGCCAAGGAAUCUCGCUUGAUCUGCCUGAAAACAAACUCUUUAUCUGCACCCAUCCACUGUCCCAAAGUCUGAUCGCGGGGGAAAUGUUGGUUCUUCAUUGUGAAGCUAUUGGGACUCCUGUGCCUCAGUACCAGUGGUUCAAGAAUGGGUCUCCACUGAUGAAUGGGGACAAAAAAGCAUAUGUGGUUCCUUGUGCGGAUGUUGAACAUCAAGGCGCAUAUUGGUGCCGUGUAUAUAAUGACCAAGAUGCUCAAGAAAGCCAGAAGGCAGAAGUUGUUGUAGGUGGAAAAUCUAUUGCAGUAGAAUGCACCGAAGAAGAUUUAACUGGUGUCGUAAAGCCUGAUCUUCAGAAGCAAUCAACUGAAAGGAAUUAUGCGGUAGACAAGGUAGCUUUGCUGAUGGGCAACAUGAGCUAUUGUAGGCAUCCAAAGCUGAAGGCUCCUUUAGUAGAUGUUUACGAACUAACCAACUUGCUGAGGCAGCUGGACUUCAAAGUGGUUUCACUGUUGGAUCUUACCGAACCUGAGAUGCGGAAUGCAGUCGAUGAAUUCUUGCUGCUUCUGGACAAAGGAGUAUAUGGCUUAUUAUAUUAUGCUGGUCAUGGCUAUGAAAACUAUGGCAACAGUUUUAUGGUUCCUAUUGAUGCCCCAAAUCCCUAUCGAGCUGCAAACUGUCUCUGCGUACAGAAUAUCCUCAAACGGAUGCAAGCAAAGGAGACUGGCCUCAAUGUGUUUUUACUGGAUAUGUGCAGAAAAAGGAAUGAAUACGACAACACAAUUCUAAUCUUGGAUGCCCUGAAGGUUACAGCUAACAUUGUGUUUGGAUAUGCCACGUGCCAGGGAGCAGAAGCUUUUGAAAUUCAACAGUCUGGAUUGGCCAAUGGAAUUUUCAUGAAGUUUUUGAAAGAGCGCUUAUUAGAAGACAAGAAGAUAACUGUGUUGCUUGAUGGGGUGGCAGAAGAUAUGGGCAAAUGUCACCUUACCAAAGGCAAGCAGGCUUUGGAGAUUCGCAGCAGUUUAUCUGAGAAGAGAGCGUUGACUGAUCCCAUUCAGCAAACAGGAACCUCUGCCGAGGCGCUGGCACGGAACCUGCAGUGGGCCAAGGCUCAUGAGCUUCCAGAAAGUAUGUGCCUUGAGUUUGAGUGCGGUGUUCAAAUUCAGCUUGGCUUCGCAGCCGAAUUUUCCAACGUCAUGAUUGUCUACACGAGGAUAGUAAAGAAACCGCCUGAAAUAACAGUGUGCAAAGCCUACGUCACAGAUUUCCCUCCUGACUUGGAUGUAGAUCCUAAGGAAUCAAACAAGGGGACACCCGAGGAAACCGGCAGCUAUUUGCUUUCAAAGGACUUGCCCAAACACUGCCUUUAUACAAGAAUAAGUUCACUACAGAAGCUAAAGGAAGACUUAACUUUCGCAGUCUGCCUGCAUUAUGAAUAUGCUGGAAUAGAUGAUGUGGUGGACGAGAAGAAGCUGGUGAACAUCGGCAAGCCGCUCAUUGCUAAACUCCGCAUUCACCAAGGGUUCCGGAAGAACAGCUGCAUCCAGAGCUGUUGCGUACCCAGUGGACCUUGCCUCACCCCGUCACCUGUUGUGGGGGCAGCCAAACAUGGCCCCCCUUCCAGUCACCACCUUCCGCCACAUCCCUACAUGGGCUUUUGCCAACUCAACCCUGCGCGCCUGGGAGAUCCUUUGCAGCCGGUCAAGUGCCACUGUGGUGUGACUCCAGACAGGUUGGUGGGUUGGCAACCGGCCUGGGUAUAUCCCUCCAUCUCAAACCAGAGCAACGAUCCUGUGGAGACGUCGGAUGAUACAGGUGAAGAACUGGGGUCCCAUUUGUCAGGAAGCUUAAGGUUGUCUCAUCCACAGUAGCUGCCGUCCUUUUUUUUUUGGCAAUGCUCCUUGGGAAGUGAGUGGCAACGCUGCUUUUGUGGACCUCUCUUGGUUUGAGAGAAGGGCAUUAUCAUUUAUUGAUAAUACACGUAUCUGUUAGGCAACAGGAAAUGACAGAGUUGUUGCACCAUUCCUAGAUAGUUUUUCCUUGCUAGUGAAGGGUUGAAGAAAUUGAAAGAUGGUGGUAAGGAAGAGUCCAGUGAAGACAGAGGGACGUAGCCAAACAGCAACGCCAGUUACAGUACAAGAAGUCUAAGAUGCAUUCUCCGAACUUUGUGGGUAUAUUCAGGGAACGACACGAUACUUCUGAAUAUGGAUGGUGAGCACAAAGUUUGCUGACCUGCUUGAACAUCUGGAUGGAAACUGUCAGAGACAGGAUGCUGGACUGUGUGGGCGCUCCACCUGGGCUCCCAGGGAUGUUCUUAUUUUUGCUGGCAUCAUGCCUCUGGCUUCUUUCCCUGAACCUUCCACACUAUCAGAAAGCUUCCUGGGAAACCUUGUCAAUCAAAGCUGCCAUUUGCUCGGAAGACAGAUUUGUACAAGUGCCAUGUUACUAAAGCCGGGAAGGAAGAGAUUUGUGUGUGUGGUCAGUGCACCUGAACCUGGCUGCUAGUUACCAAGAGCACACCAGCUUUACAGAUACUGCUCCUCUAUCCUCCGCUGGCUUUGUUUGUAGCAUCUUUGCAUUCCAGUGCAGUCCCUCCGUUUAUGAGGAAAGGGAUGCCUCGCAAACAAACUUUAAAUUUUAAACGAUAGAUCCCAGUUCUGGAGCUCCUGGGCCUUUUUGAUGUGGAAUCUUGGAUGCUGUAACAAACAGGAGUAGGGAAAUUGUGACAGAUGAUAGCUGGCAAGUAAAUUUAAGGGACAAGAGGGGAACGCUGGAGAAGCCUGCAGGGUAAGGCACUGUAUUCACAGUAGAAAGCAAGAGGUUAAUCAGUGAAGGGAAGGAACGGAUAAAAGAGAUCCUGUUGGGAAUGGUGAAUACUCGUGGAGGCUAAAGGCUGUCUCCCUUUACCGGGGACCUUUUGUUUGUUUGCCGUAAUUCUAUCCCUUGUAGCCCCCCCCUCUCUCAGUGUUUUUGUAUUGGGUCCUUCCCCCCCCCCCCUCUGCUUGUGCUCCGGUCUGUUGGAGGAUAUACUGGGCAGCUGUAACCAUGUGGAAAGUAGAUCCAGAGGAGUUAGCCGUGUUAGUCUGUAGUCUCAAAAUAGUAAAGAGUCCAGUAGCACCUUUAAGACUAACCAACAAUAAAGUUGGUUAGUCUUUAAGAUUCUACUGGACUCUUUACUAACAUGUGGAAAGUGGGCUUUUAGAGUGGCGUAAGGGAGAAGGCCAGCUAAGUACGUGAAAGGAACUUACAGCCCUGAAGGAUGCUGCUGUCUGGCCAGCCCCAACCUUUCUCUCUUCAUUUUGUGUUUAUUGUGCCCGAACUUGGGAAAGUAGAUCCAGAGGAGUUAGCCAUGUUAGUCUGUAGUAGCAAAACAGUAAAGAGUCCAGUAGCAUCUUUAAGACUAACCAGCUUUACUGUAGCUUUACUGUAAGCUUUCGAGAACCACAGCUCUCUUCGUCAGAAACCAGACCUUGCUGUUCCCAGCACAUUUGGUCCAGGUCUUCUAUUUUGGCUUUACGUUUUUGUGUUCCGAGGUCCACUGGCCGGGUGCUAGCCCUUUUCCUUCAGCUGCAGUUUCCUAAAGGGGAGUAGCAUUUGUUAAUCCCACACACCGUGACACCAAAGUGUUGUGUAAAUAUUGUUAUACUGUUCAAAGUAGAUGUGAACGAGAGUGAUAUUUUCCUAUGAAUUCUCAAAAUCUUAACAUGCUGGCCGAGUAUCCUUUGGCAAACAUAGUUCAUAUUCCUUUCUAACAUUUACGGGAAAGGCCAGUUAUUGUGGCAGGUGUCCAUGAUGUAAACAAGCCUCUAGUCAGUUGUUUAGUCAAAAGCAGUGAUGGAUUAUCCCUUACCUUCAGAAACCUUCAGUAAUCCCUUACCCCCAGAGGUUCCAUGGAUUUUCCAUAGCCUGGCAACCUGCAAAGUUACAUGGAUAGUGCAAGUUUUUCAGGCACUUGAACAGGGAUAGCGUGUCUGACGGGCUGACUCAUAUGUGACGAAGACAUGUUCUGGAGUUCUCUGCCGCUCUGGUGCCGUUUGGUUCCAGGCUACAAGAUGUGGGGCAAGGAAUUUGAACCCUUUCCCCAGGGCUGUUCUCAGGGUUGGAAAAUGAGACCAGAGAAGGCUUUUAAGCCCUCUCUCCUCAUGCUGCGGUGCCAAAUCAAAACGGCCUGUGCACGCUCGGGAGGCAUGGAAGUCCAGAACAUGAGUCAGCCCUGAGCUUUCCAGAGGAUGCUGGCCUGGAAUUGUGGACUCUGGUGGUCCCGUGCAGAAGCCUGGGCACUCUUCGGAAUUGCAAGUAUCUCCGUUUCAUUAUGAUAAAAGGGGCACGUUCUUGCCACUCCUGCUUGGAGGAGAGCGGGAGGGGGUAAGGGUGAAAUAUAAUUCUAGAAAUUGUAUUCGUCCUUUUCAGAUUGCAAAUGAGGUGUGUGUUUGCAUGCGGCUGUGCAUAAAGAGGCACUUGCGUAAGCAGUGUUUAAAAGCUUCCACAUAACAGCGCCGCAUCCCUCUUGGUUACAUCGUGGUUUACUUUCAGAGCAGUGCAGCGGCUUUUCAAGUACAAUUCCACCUGUGGGCUUCAGAACCAGCUUAAGAGGCAACAAUUAGUGCGGAGCUUCUGUUGCCAUGGUAAUGUGUGUUUUUUCUGUAUACCUUCGGCACUUGGGAAACCUUUGCGGCUCCCUCCUACGAUUGGACCGAAGACAUCUGAACAUUAUUCAGCUCAUGGCAAGAUUAAGCCCGUCAAGCUUCAAGCAAAGACAUGGCUAUCCCCAAGAAUCUUGUAAGCCACGCACAUUGCAGCGUAUUGUACAAGUGAUGCUCAGAGCAUUCAUGGCCCUGCAAGGCUGAACUUGGGGGCGGAGUUCCCGAAACAGGAAGGUGGCCCCAAUCCUUCUGAUGUCAGUCCUCCUUCUCCUUCCCCACAAACUGAUCUCAAAAGUAAACUUUCAGACCAAGGUGGUAAAUUUGUGCAGGCUAUAUAACACUUCAGGCUGCAGGGAAAGGCUUAAAUACACUUCCAUACAAUUAGCAUGCCAGGGAGAAAGCCGAGCUAGAACUAUUGCUAGUUUUCUGCAUGUGAGCUUUUACUGUUUGGUGUGGAGGAGCAUGCAUUCAUGGCGUUCCCACGCCCCCUCCGCCACACACACACCUGCAGUCUAAGAGCAAAGCGACAAGUGACGCCUGACACAGGUUGGACACUUGUCAGCUUCCCUCAAGUUUUGAUGGGAAAUGUAGGCAUCCUGGUCUUGCAGCUUACAGAAGUUUACAUGCGGUCGGGAGGGGAGUGCAGGCAUCGGGCUGUUACCGGGCGCCCCCCUUCCCCUCUGCUGUGUUGGGGGGGGGGGCAGUUUCUGUAAACUUUAAUGGAGAGCCAAGCUGCAAGACCAGGAUGCCUACAUUUCCCAUCAAAACUUGAGGGAAGCUGACAGGUGCCCAACCUGUGUCAGGCGUCACUUGUAGCUUGGGUCUAAAGCCAUAUAGCCCAGGCAGCAUUUGGAGGAGAACCAAGUUCCGAUUGCAUUGCUCACAAGGAAUCGGGGAGGGGGGUCGAUUUGGGCAGAGGAACAGGCAGGCCGAUAUCUCCCCUCCUCCUGUAGCUGACUCACCAGCACUCAACAUUCCAGGCCUCCUGCUUGUUGUUCAGUAGGAACCAGCAUGGUGUAGUGGUUAGAGCAUUGGACUAGGGUCUGGGAGACCUAGGUUUGAAUCCCCACUCUGCCAUGGAAGCUUGUACUGGGUGACCUUCAGCCAGUCUCACACUCUCAGCCUACCACACAGGGUUGUUGUGAGGCUAAAAUGGAGAAGAGGAGAAUGAUGCAAACUGCUUUGGGUCCCCAUCGGGGAGAAAGGUGGGGCAUAAAUGAAAAGAAGAAAUGCAUUUUGAAUUGCAGUGGGGACCUCAUAGGCGUUUGAAACCUUUCCCAGUUUGAAAUUUUUUAACAAACUUAAAAGGUGUAGCCAAGAUCCUCACACAUUACAAAAACCUCCAGGAAACGGUGUGAUUCAGACUUCAUGAGGGCGAUGUACAACAUUUCCAUAGAUACAUAUAAGCUUCCCUUGUGAAAACCUUUUGGCCGUAUAUUUUAUUUUGGAGACCCUCGAAGUGCUUGUACAUCACUUCCCUUUGUUUUAUAGGGACUUGCUGGAGUCAUUGUUUUUCUGUGCCUUUAGAGCAAAAGUUCGAGGUCUGCUGAAACAGCUGUCAGCUGGGCCUGUUGUGAUUCAUGGCCACAGCUGCUCGGGUCAAGAAUGUGGGUAUUUGGUUACACGGACAGAAUGUGUUCACCCGUAUAUCUCGGGACUUCUUUCUCCUCAUAUUUGCAGGGCGUCAGCUUCUGCUCCAACUACUGUUCACUUUGCACAAACCAAUUUUAUAUAUAGUUACCCCUCCCCUUGUAGACACAUCAACGACUCAGGGCAGGUAAUGAAAUCUGGUUCAUCAUUCCUUCCUGGGGUGCAUUGGGGCGUGAUGCUGAUGGACCAGAGAGUACAAGAGGUUGGUGCUCCCUGUCGCUGCACAUUUCCCAACUCUGUUAAGAGCCUGCUUUUUCUGGACCAGAAGUGUUUUUUCCCUUCUUUAGACCGUCGCAAUGAAGCAGCUGCCUUGGAGACUCUUGCGGUGUCAUUUGUAGGGUGCUUGUAUCAAUUGCGUUGCGGUUUUUAAUGCUGGAUUUUGUAAAGAAAACUUUUAAAUGUUUUUAUUAUUAUUGAGGGGGAAAUCCCACUGUAAAAGCUGGAAUGGUUUACAAGGACUGUUUCUCUUUGGCUUGAUUUGCACAAAAUAAUGUUAAAACCUUUAUUUUCAAAAUUUAAUAAAAAGAAGCU